GGCAGUGCUCUGGGCUUAUUUCUUCCUUGGUGCUCAGGGAUCACUCCUGUCCAGCUUGGGGACCUUAUUGGUUGCUUGGAGGUUGAGCCCAGGGACCACACUGCCUUCCAAGGAGCAGCCAUGGAGGACUUGCAGGCAGAACUCGGCGUGGAGCCCCCUUUGAGUCAGGAGACAUUUUCACACCUGUGGAACCUGUGAACCUCUGAUUCCCAUCUCCCAUUGCAGUGCCCAGAUACGAAUCACAUGCUGUCCCCGGAGGAUGUUGAUCAAUGGCUGAAUAGACCUACAGAAGAAGUUUCCGGAAUGCCCGAAGCUCCGGCACCAGCCGCUCCUCUUCCACCUGCCUCGGCACCGGCGUCCUCUUGGCCCCUGUCAUCCUCUGUCCCUAACCAGAAUAUCGACCCAGGCAAAUACGGAUUCAGUUUAGGAUUCCUGCAGUCUGGGACGGCGAAAUCUGUCACUUGCACGUACUCCCCUAUCCUCAACAAGCUCUAUUGCCAGCUAGCAAAGACCUGUCCCGUGCAACUGUGGGUCACCUCACCACCUCCACCAGGCAGCCGGGUCCGUGCCAUGGCCAUCUACAAGAAGUCCCAGUUCAUGACGGAAGUGGUGAGACGCUGCCCCCACCACGAACGCUCCUCGGACCACAAUGAUGGUCUGGUCCCUCCUCAACAUCUCAUUCGGGUGGAAGGAAAUUCAUGCGCCCAGUAUUUGGAUGACGAAAACACUUUUCGACACAGCGUGGUGGUGCCCUACAAGCUGCCUGAGGAUGAUUCUGGCUGUACCACCAUCCACUACAACUUUAUGUGCAACAGCUCCUGCAUGGGGGGCAUGAAUCGGCGGCCCAUCGUCACCAUCAUCACCCUGGAAGACGCCAGUGGAAAUGUUCUGGGCCGGAGCAACUUUGAGGUGCGAGUUUGCGCUUGUCCCGGGCGAGAUCGUCGCAGUGACGAAGAUAAUUUGCAGAAGAAGGGGGGGUCUCAACCCCAGCCAGCCCCUGGGAGUGCCAAGCAAGCACUGCCUUCUAGCACCAGCUCUUCUCCACAGCCAAGGAAGAAGCCACAAGAGGAAGAAUAUUUUAACCUUAAGAUUCGCGGGCGUCGUCGCUAUGACAUGCUCCGAGAGUUAAAUGAAGCAUUAGAGUUGAAGGACUCCCUGGCUGAGAAGGAGCCUGGGGGAAGCAAGGCUCACUCCAGCCACCUAAAGUCUAAGAAGGGGAAGUCAGCCUCCAGCCAUAAAAAAAUGGUGCUUAAAACAGAAGGUCUUGACUCGGACUGACAACGCCGUUUUCUGUUUGCCGUCUCCGUGGGCAUCCUCAUUUCCCCCGGCCCC